AUGUCUUCUAACCAGACUUCUUCGUGGGUGGAGGGUGAUUUUGAACACCCCAACGAGGCUUUGCAACGAUCUGUCAAGAUCUCACUCGUAUUCUCUUUCUUGAUGCCCACAGUUGCGGUUGCCUUGCGCAUUUGGGCUAGAAAGUUGAGUGGCUGUAGACUGUUUUUGGAUGAUUACUUGAUUCUUAUUGCUCUGCUAUUCAAAUAUGGAUGCUCCAUUGGAGUUACGAUGCUUCUGUACAACGGACUGGGAUCCCACAUGUCCAUGGUUCCGGAAAAGAACCUCAUCGUUUACUUCAAGAUCGGAUGGUCGAACCCCUUCCUAUACACAACAUGCGUUGCUUUCAUCAAGCUGUCGAUCCUGGCGCUGUACAAGCGGCUGUUUGCAGUCAAGCACAUGAUUGUGGCGGUCAAUGUGAUGGCGUCGGUCGUUGUACUCUGGGCUGUUAGUAUCAUGGUUGCAGCGACACUGAACUGCAUCCCUAUCAACAGUUUCUGGGACAGAUCAAUUGACGGAAGAUGCAUAAACACCGCCAACUUCAACUACGGCAUGCAGAUUCCCAACAUCAUUUCUGACUUGAUUAUUCUCAUCAUGCCCAUCAAAGUUGUGAUCGGACUGCCAAUCCCCAAAACUCAAAAGAUCCUCCUGUCUGGUGUCUUCCUCGUUGGUGGCUUAACUUUAAUUUUCGACAUCGUCCGGCUGUGGGUCAUGAUCGAACUAACCAAGGCUGGCCCUGACAUUACUUACUACCAAGCCCCAACCGCCAUGUGGACCUGUCUCGAGGCGGCCGUCGCUAUCGUCGGAGCCUGUCUCCCUAACUUCAGACCACUUUUCAAAUUCGGUAGCGGAUUCUGGACCCAGCUCCGAUCUUCCCGUGCCUCCAGCAAGGCCCAUCUUAACUCGGCUACCAUGAAUAACACUAGCUCCACCAAUAGCAUUUCCAAGCCAGCCUUGAUUUCCCACGUGUCUGACGAGGGUACCCAAGGUAUCGAAGUGCAUCGGUACAGCAAGUACAUGGACUGCGAAAAAUAA